CAGCGCGGCGCGGGCGGGCGGGGGCGGCUGCAGUUUCAGGUCCCCGCGCCCGGAGGCGCCGUCCCGAGCGUGUCCCGAGCGCCCUCGGCUCUCCUCGGCGGCGUCGGGGGGACGUGCGCGAUGGACUUCCCUCCGCCGCGACCCCCGUCCGCGUCCCUGCCUCCCCCGGGAUCCCCGACCCCGCCGGCCGCCCAGCACCCCGGUCGCGUGCGGCCCAGCGCCCGCCGCCUCCGCCCCUGCGCGCGCCGGCGCCAUGGAGACGGUCACAAGACGCCCGCGCCCGGCGCGCCGGCCAAUAGGAGCGCACGUCGCGGGGAGACGCGGACGUCGCUCUUCCAAGAUGGCGGCGCGUCCGUCGCGAGCGGCCCGUCCGGGGGGAAGCCAGCGGAGCCGAGUCCAGCCGCCGCCCGGGACGGGACUGAAGCAGCAGUUGCCGCCGUUGGCGGCGACCCGGGUCGUUUCCGCUGCUGCGACGGCUGCUGCCAUGCGGCGAGGUUAGGGAGGACCUCACUCCCCCGGGGUGGAAUGAUGUUAACAGAGGCCAGUCUAUCCAUAUGGGGAUGGGGAAGCCUUGGCAUUGUCCUUUUUCUAGUAACCUUUGGACCCUUUGUAAUAUUUUAUUUGGCAUUUUACAUCCUCUGCUUUGUGGGAGGGGGUUUAGUGGUCACUCUCCUGUAUGGGAAGACAAACUCAGAGAAGCACCUCGAGCUGUGCGAGCACUCCUUCCUGCCUCCAGCGCCGCCCGGGGUCCCCAAGUGCUUAGAAGAAAUGAAACGAGAAGCCAGGACUAUUAAGAUCGAUAGAAGACUGACAGGUGCCAAUAUAAUUGAUGAACCUCUCCAGCAAGUUAUCCAGUUUUCGUUGAGGGAUUAUGUCCAGUACUGGUAUUACACACUGAGUGACGAUGAGUCGUUUCUUCUUGAGAUUAGGCAGACUCUUCAGAAUGCACUCAUUCAGUUUGCUACUAGGUCAAAAGAAAUAGACUGGCAGCCUUAUUUUACUACACGCAUUGUUGAUGACUUUGGCACUCACCUGCGAGUAUUCAGAAAGGCUCAGCAGAGAGCAACAGAGAAAGAUGAUCAAGUCAAAGGUACAGCAGAGGAUCUGGUGGAGACCUUUUUUGAAGUUGAAGUUGAAAUGGAGAAGGAUGUUUGCCGGGACCUAGUGUGCACUUCUCCCAAAGAUGAAGAAGGAUUCCUAAGGGAUUUGUGUGAGGUUUUAUUAUAUUUAUUGCUACCUCCUGGAGAUUUCCAGAACAAGAUCAUGCGAUACUUUGUCAGGGAAAUCCUUGCACGAGGAAUUCUUCUUCCAUUAAUAAAUCAACUCAGUGAUCCUGAUUAUAUUAAUCAAUAUGUCAUAUGGAUGAUCCGUGAUUCAAAUUGCAACUAUGAGGCCUUUAUGAACAUUAUUAAAUUAAGUGACAAUAUUGGAGAGUUAGAAGCAGUCAGAGAUAAGGCGGCAGAGGAACUACAGUACCUUAGAUCUUUAGAUACAGCUGGUGAUGAUAUUAACACUAUUAAAAAUCAAAUAAAUAGUUUAUUAUUUGUAAAGAAAGUAUGUGACUCAAGAAUACAGCGGUUACAGUCAGGCAAAGAAAUAAAUACUGUGAAGCUGGCAGCAAACUUUGGCAAACUUUGUACAGUCCCCCUGGACAGCAUUCUUGUAGACAAUGUUGCACUACAAUUUUUUAUGGAUUACAUGCAGCAAACUGGAGGUCAGGCACAUCUCUUCUUCUGGAUGACAGUGGAAGGCUACCGGGUUACAGCUCAGCAGCAGCUAGAGGUUUUAUCAAGUCAUCAGAGAGAUGGGAAACAGCAGACCAACCAAACCAAAGGUCUGCUAAGAGCAGCUGCUGUUGGAAUCUAUGAACAGUAUUUGUCUGAGAAGGCAUCUCCAAGAGUUAUUGUUGAUGACUAUUUAGUAGCAAAAUUAGCAGAUACUUUGAAUCAUGAAGAUCCAACUCCAGAAAUCUUUGAUGACAUUCAAAGAAAGGUAUAUGAAUUGAUGCUGCGGGAUGAAAGAUUUUAUCCUUCCUUCAGGCAGAAUGCACUCUAUGUGCGGAUGUUAGCUGAGCUUGACAUGUUAAAAGAUCCUAGUUUCAGAGGAUCAGACGAUGGGGAUGGAGAAUCUUUUAAUGGAUCUCCUACAGGAAGUAUAAAUUUGUCUUUGGAUGACCUUUCAAAUAUGUCCUCUGACGAUUCUGGCCAGCUUCAUGCCUACAUUUCCGACACUGGCGUUUGUAAUGAUCAUGGCAAGACAUACGCGCUAUACGCCAUCACUGUACACCGGCGCAACCUAAACACCGAGGAGAUGUGGAAAACCUACCGGCGUUACAGCGACUUCCAUGACUUCCACAUGAGAAUCACUGAACAGUUUGAAAAUCUGUCGAGCAUAUUGAAACUCCCUGGUAAAAAGACUUUUAACAACAUGGACAGAGACUUUUUAGAAAAGAGGAAAAAAGAUUUAAAUGCCUAUUUGCAGCUACUCCUGACUCCUGAGAUGAUGAAAGCAUCCCCAGCCUUGGCGCACUGUGUGUUUGAUUUCCUUGAGAACAAAGCCUACAGUAAAGGGAAAGGAGAUUUUGCUCGCAAGAUGGACACUUUUGUAAAUCCGCUUCGCAACUCUAUGAGGAAUGUUUCAAAUGCAGUCAAAUCCCUUCCUGAUAGCUUGGCAGAAGGAGUGACAAAAAUGUCCGACAACGUAGGCAGAAUGUCUGAGAGGUUAGGGCAGGACAUAAAGCAGUCCUUCUUUAAGGUGCCUCCUUUAAUUACGAAGACUGAUGCAGAUCCUGAGCAUUGUCGAGUCUCAGCUCAGCUCGAUGAUAAUGUAGAUGACAAUAUUCCACUUCGGGUAAUGCUUCUUCUAAUGGAUGAAGUGUUUGAUUUAAAAGAGAGAAACCAGUGGUUGCGAAGGAAUAUCAAAAACUUACUGCAGCAGCUGAUUAGAGCUACGUAUGGGGACACCAUUAACAGAAAAAUAGUUGACCAUGUUGACUGGAUGACCUCACCUGAACAGGUAGCUGACUCGGUGAAGCGAUUCAGAGAUGCAUUUUGGCCCAAUGGCAUUUUAGCAGAAACUGUUCCAUGCAGAGAUAAAGCAAUCCGAAUGAGAACAAGAAUUGCAGGAAAAACAAAAUUGUUUGCAAUUAUGCCAGAUGAACUGAAGCACAUCAUUGGAGCGGAGACCACACGGAAAGGCAUUCUUCGUGUCUUUGAAAUGUUUCAGCACAACCAGCUAAAUAGAAGAAUGGUGUAUGUCUUCUUAGAAGGCUUUUUAGAAACCCUAUUUCCACAGUAUAAAUUCCGGGAACUUUUCAACAAACUUCAUUCAAGGUCAAAGCAGAUGCAGAAAUAUAAACAAAAACUUCAAAGUACUCAAGCGCCUUCUUUACAGAAAAGGUGACACUCCAACCUGUAAACCUGGUGUGCUUUUCUCCAGGACUAAUGGUGUGACUCACAUACUGUUGCAUCUACACCAGUCUUUCUGUGUCUCCAAACAGACCCUAGUCCAUCCAUAAGACUGGGCCUUCUCAUCUCACCUGUAACCCAGCCACUACCAAGAGAGAAUCCUGUGUCUUAAAUGAUUUGGUGCAUACUUUGCAACAUUGAGAGGAUACUGCCCCGUCUCAUUCAAGACUGGAGUUCCAAACGCAUCAACAUUGUCCACCAGUGGUGAAGUGCCAGAGUGUACUUAGGAGCUAGGGAGCGCACAGCAGUGGGUCCUCCAUCACGAGCGGUGUGGCUGGGGGAGGAGGGCUGUGUCCCUCGGUGACCUGCCGUCACGUGGGUCAGCAGGUGAGCAUCUCUAUAACAAGUGUUUCAAGGUCUGGGAAAAGUGACAGGACGCCCUUAGUGUAGGAAUAACCCUUCCCCAGAAUUACAGUUUGGUUGUGUAAAGUAAAGCGCUAUAAAAUAGAACCAAUCAAAACUAGAAUUUGAUUGGAUUUAUUACUCAUUGGUAUAAAUCCCCAUUGAUUUCUAUGUGCUCUAAGGGCUCAGCUCGCUCUUAUGGUACUCCACUCUCUCCUUUUCCUUUGGCAUUCUGUGCAGAAGAAGCAUGUGGUAGCUCUCUUAUAAGUUCAAAUUUUUUAAAAAUCUUUUAACAGAUUACUGAUUAUAUAGAAGGGGAAUUAUUUAUUGUAAGAACUGCCAAAUACAUUCUGUUCUUCAAAAAAUUGGAAAUUUAAACAGUACUCUAUUAAAAGGUACCAUAUGAUAACUUUAAUCAUAUGAUCUAGACAUGCCUUAGGUAACUACCGACAUAGCAAAUCAAAGGAUUAAUGAGCUUAUAGUCCUAUGUAAACAUACAAAUGCCUAAUUCUACUAUAUGUACAUAUAUGAAAAUAAAUAAUGAAAACAGAACUGUACUAUUUUUUAAAAUAUGCUUUUAUUUAUAUUUCGCAUAAUGUAAAAUUCUAAAUAAAGCUAGUACACAAAACCCUUUGGUGUAUACAUUUAACUCCCUAAUAUAAUUUUAUAUAUCAGUGAAGCAAAAUACCUUUUCCAGUUUUGAAGCCUUUACAUUUCCUGGUGUUCCCCAUUUGUCCUUUAAGAAGUCUUCAUAUCCCAUGUAUGCAGGAUUUCUGUACUUUUAAAUACUUUCCAUGACUAGGGGUUUGGGAUAUAUCAGCUCUUUUUGUUUUACAAAUAUUUAACACUAAAACCUUAAAAUAGUGAAGCUACUUUUCAGACCACGAGCCAGUAUCCUGGAGUUAGAACGUUUGGGUGCUUACAGUAAAGGUCAGACAGAGUAUUGAUGUCCCGGUCAUUGGGACAGUAUACCCAUGUCUUGCUUUCACCCAGGAAAGCCUGCGAAUAGAGGGGAGCCUUCCCACAGAGCUCUGUGAUGUUCAUCAGUGCUGUUGUGCAGAUCUCUUAUGCACAUAUUCACAAUGUGUUGCAUGUCUUUCAGAAUUGCAUAAGAAUCCUUUUCUUGCAACUUUCAAGAAGGAGAAGCCCCUGUUUCUCUGGUGGGAGAACUGUUACUUAUACUCACCAUACAUCCUGCCCUUGCCCUGCCUGCCCCUUCCUCUACCCCAGGCUUAAAGGAUGUGUCAGACAGACCUGUAGGGAGCCAGCGUGGCCACCAGUGCAGUGAUCUUCAUACAUGUCCCUGCCCGUUCCAAUUAUAUUUUUACAUGAAUAAAUCUUAGUAUAUACAGAAGGAUUCAUGCAAGAGCCUAGUGUGUACAUGUGAAAUGCGUUUUUAUGUAAAAUGAGAAAACUGACCGUUAACCAGGGGGAAAAGGUCAUAUAAGAUGCACGUGCUCCUAAUAGCCCUGCAAGACAACUGCAACCAUACCAAAACAGAACAGUGAACACACAGCCAUUCGAGCAAAUGUUUUUAAAAUAAGUUUUUUGAGAAGAGUUUAUAUUUCAGGAGCAGAAAUGUCAAAUGGUCACGUGUCUGCUUGCCUGUGCUUUCCCGUGGAGAGUGUGGCCGUGCUACGGCGGCGGAUUACCUAUUGAGUGACUUGGUCCAGCUGUGUAUUUAACCCAGACGCCAAGUACAUUGUGCCACAUGUAAUAAAGUUGUUAUAUCUCGGGCAUUUAUUGCACAUAUGAGCAUACACAAAGAAGCUUUAUGUCUUUUCAUGUUGAGGUUCUGAAUGCUUUCAAGUCAGUAGUGCCUUUAGGCAAGGACCUUCAAAAUUAAUCAUUCUUUUGGAUUUUCUGAUUUUUUUUUUCAAGUAGUAUAUAACUACAUAGAAACCAACACAGCUCAUUCACCUAGAAUCUGAUUGUAUGACAUUAAAUGUAGCACUCAGAUGAGUAUUUCUUAUAAUUAGGGUCUUCUAUGUAGUUCCUGGAAACAGUCGUGCCAUUGACCAAUGGAUGCACUUCGUUAGCCUUAAUUUAAAACAAACAAAAAUUUCUUGAAUAUUUCAGUUUGAUCACUAUAAGUUUCUGCUGCAGAUUCUUGGGGAAAAAUAAAUCAAACAGUUAAAUGUAACCUAAAAGUGUACCGAUUUAAAAAAAAAAAUUAAGAACAACCUAAAUUUCACAAUCCACAGUUUUAAUUUUGUGCAAUAUUUUUAUUUGAUGCAUGUUUAUUUGAGUAAUUGUAAAAUAAGUACAUUUUUAAUGUUUUGAGAUCUAUAGUUCUGUCUUCUUAAUCCAACAACUCCACUCUGUUGUUGCUGCACCUUAAUUGAGGACUUGUUUUAUAAGUCUUGUCACUCCUUGUGAAGUUCUUUUAUCAGUAGAAAAUUUUGCUUAUGGGAGCGUGGCUCCUGUAUUAUAAGGGAAAACUAAAGAGCACAUUCUCGGGUUUGUUAGAAAAUGUCCUUGUGCGUAUCACUGUACAUACGUGUCGGUCGUGCCUACCUGCUCUGUCACUGCUCUCCUCUAACAGGGGAAUCAUCAGAAUGUCAGUUAUUUUUAUCAACUAAAAAGAUGAACAUUUUUAUUUGGUUUGUGUUAUAUUCUGUCCAUUAGAAAAUACUAAUAAAGUAUUAACAAACACUUUCAUUGA